AUGGGCUUCCUUCCAGAGGAGACACCUUGCCUCAAAGUCGCCAUCGAGAAGUGGGCUCCAUAUGUCAUAAGCAUAUCUAACGAGGCGCCCUAUCAAGCCACUGGCACUGCGAUAGAUAUGAUGGAAAUACUUGCCAAACAUCUGAAUAUCUGCUACGAAUUUGUCAUAUCUAAAGAUCGCGUCUUUGGCUCGCAGCUUCCUAACGGGACCUGGACAGGCCUAAUGGGCCUCUUAACACGUGGGGAGGCGGACAUGACAGCUGUGAUCUUAUCAAUGGAUAGCCUCCGAGAUCGUGCUGUCGACUUCAGCGUGCCUUUGUACGUGGACCAGCAGGCGGUGGGUUAUAAACGGCCUGUCUACGAAGCGGAUAUGCUGGGAUUUGUGAAACCUUAUAAAUACGAGAUGUGGCUUUUAUUGUUAACAACUAUGGCAUUGGUGUUCGGCUGCACUUUCGUGAUCCAGCUCUUCCAGUCCAGAGGAGAAACCAACGGUGAAUGUGAAGAGACUGAAAUAAAAACCGUAAAAGGCGCGUGGGGUGUGUUACUUUGGACUUUCGGCGCUCUCCUAGCCCAAUCAAUACCGCGGAUGCCCAAAGGUAACUCCGGGAGGUUCAUUGGCGGACUUUGGCUCCUCUCCGCCCUCAUUAUCGGCUCCGUGUACCGCUCCAACCUCAAGGCCAUGCUGAUCCUGCCUAAACUCCGCUUACCUUUUGACAGCAUAGAGGAGCUCGUGGAAACCGACAUCCCUACUUUCGUGUAUGAGGACAGUAUGCUCCACCAAGCCAUUAUGACUGCAGCGCCUGGGACGUCCCUCUACAAGCUGAGGAAGCAGGCCCUUAUCAGGAAGGAUGUGAUGAACGUGGUGAACGAAGCCUCAGAGGGAACCUACGCUGCUUUCUUCGGGAAGAAGGGCCUCGAGUCAAUCAUCGACGCCAUUUAUAGCAGGCAAGGGAAAUGCCCUUUGUACCUGGCCAAGGGGACGGUCUUCACCACGAGCCUUUGCCUUGCGUUUCCCAAAGGAUCGCCGCUGGUUAAGAAAUUUAAUCCUCUAGCAGGCUAUGGUCCUAUUCUAAGAACGAAUCACGUCGGAAUCCCAGUGGCCAGAUUUAGACUGUUGGCUGUUACACGAAUACCCGAAGUCCAGUCGAGAAUUUACAGGCUGAAGGAAUCUGGCAUCUUAAACCACAUGUACCUCCAUGGCUUGUCGAAUUACACCAAAUGUCUUCAGUCGGGCUUGGUGUCGUCCUCGAAAGGUCUCAGACCCUUCGAGUUAGAGGACUUCUACGGCGUUUUAUGCGUGUACUUUGGGGGUAUGAUCUUUUCGGUACUGGUGUUUCUCUUGGAGCUGGCGGUGCCUCUCAAGUACUUCAGCUCCAACGUCUGCAGAAGAGGAAAGGCGGAACGAGGUGACUCAGGUUCCAGCCCACCUUCCCUUGCCAGUGAUUGA